UGCGAGAGAGGAAGAGCUGUCAAUCACAGAGUACGGAAGUGAUUCAGCCAAUCAAGUUGCUGGGAAAAUUUACUAGCCAAUCAGAAGGCGGCAAAAUUUGACACGACACCGGGAGAGUUUUCGCUGGCGGGGCAAUGACGUUUUUGCAACUGUUUGGAAGAAUGAAGUCUGUUGUCAUUGGGAUGGUGCAUCUGAAAGCUUUACCAGGCACACCGCGCGGCACGUUACCAGUGGCGCAGAUUCUGGAGGAUGCUUGUAAAGAAGCUGAGAUCUACAGAAAGGCUGGGAUUGAGCUGCUGCUGAUUAUCUCUUGUCAGGAUGGCCUCAUGGUGGAGAACAUGAAUGAUAUCCCUUACACCCUUCAUGUGGGACCAGAGGUCACAGCAUCCAUGGCCACUGUAUGUGCCGCUGUCAAGCAGAUAUGCCCACGUCUUCCUCUGGGGGUUCAGGUUCUUGCUUGUGCCAAUCAGCAAGCUCUGGCAGUGGCUCUCGCAGCAGGAGCGGACUUCGUACGAGCCGAGAGCUUUGUCUUUUCUCAUGUUGCUGAUGAAGGACUGGUAAAUGCCUGCGCUGGUGAACUGCUGAGGUAUCGCAAGGCUAUCGGUGCUGACCACAUCCAGAUCUUUGCUGACAUUAAGAAGAAGCACAGCUCCCAUGCCAUGACUUCAGACAUCUCCAUAUCUGAGAUGGGAAAGGCAGCAGAAUUCUUUUUAGCAGAUGGUGUAAUAUUGACUGGAGCCGCUACUGGACAAGAAGCCGAUCCAAGAGAACUAAAAGAGGUCCAGCGCUCUGUCCGUAUUCCUGUUCUCAUCGGAUCAGGGGUUACACUGGAUAAUGUGGAGAAAUACAUUGAUGCCAACGCCUUAAUCAUUGGCUCCUACUUUAAACAUCAAGGCGACUGGAGAAAUUGUGUGGACUAUGAUAAAGUAAUGACAUUCAUGGAUAAGAUCAAUAAACUACGGGACUGAUGGGACAGUUAUUACUACAACCUAGAAGCCAUCUGGUCUGAUCCAUUGUGCAAGGCAUUGGGAAUAAUACUGUUGGAGUAUUAGUCUGAAUAACGAAGCUCCAAUAAAUCAGCACAACAUAAUGGACAUUGUUAUCUACCUCUGAUUUUUAAUGUAAAUUUGAUUAAUUUUAAUCAAUAAUUAUGUGAAUUACAUUUGUGAACAUCUUAUGAGAAAAGCCUUUUCUUUUAAUCCUUCUGUAUUCUUGAGUGACCUGAUUCUAACACAUAUUUGGUUUUUCGACUGCACUUUUCUCUGAAUAGUCACAUGGGGGCAAACUUUAUUUAAAAAAUAAAAA